AUGAGGAAGGGCGCUCUGCUGCUCAGUCUUGAAGAGUUGAUUCUCGUCAACAAGCUACGAAAAAAUCCUUUGCAAGCACAGUCCACCAACACGCCGCCUAAGCAGCGCAGGCGAGAAGGUCGACCCUCGCAAAUCAACGAGGAAGUCAAUCAGCAUCGCCUAAAUUGCGAAGGUCGCCAACGUGAUCGACCAGCAAUGUGUGUGGAAGACGUUGAGAAGCUUGUGAAUGACCGACAUCGAGACUUGAAGACCGACAGGAACUUCGAAGACGCACUUCGUAAGGAGAUGGACCAGGCGAACUCUACGCCUUUCACCCCCGAAAUCGAGCAGGCUGCUCACCCGAAGAGAUUCUCAACACCUUCGUUUACACACUUCAAAGGGGAUUAA